AGUCUCCCCCCAUACAUUCUUCCCCUAAUAUAAAAACCCUAAUUCUCUUGCUUCCCUCCCCUUUUGUCUCCUCUCCAACUACCGCUACCUCCACCACCGCCCCUAACUCUGCACCAUCACACCACUUUCCACCACCAUCAUCUCCGCCGCAGCCGCCUUCGCCUGUCAAAUGCCUCACCCCUAAUACACAUCGUCCUUUCUUACUCUCUCGACUCCAAUGACUCACACUCUCUCUCUUCUACUCACAUUCAUCCUCCUCCUCCACCACCUCCAACUCCGCCACUGCUCUGCUGUCGUGGACGACGAAAUCCGGUCACUUCUCGAGUUCAAAAAGGGAAUUAAAAUCGACCCAUUAAACAAAAUCUUCACCACAUGGAACGAAACCCUUUUAGAUCCAUCCAUUCGCUCCAGGAACAACGUCACUUGCCCCUCCUCCUUCUACGGCGUUUUGUGCGACCCUUCUUCCAACUCCAUCACUGCCAUUAAUCUCUCUGGCCUUGGCCUCUCCGGUGAGCUCAAGUUUAGUACCCUGUUGCCCCUAAAAUCCCUCCAAAACCUCACUCUCUCUGGUAACUCCUUCACCGGCCGUCUUGUCCCGGCCGUCGGAACUAUGACUACUCUGCAGCAUUUAGAUCUCUCAAACAACCAAUUCGUUGGCCCGAUUCCAGACCGGAUAAAUGAUCUCUGGGGCUUGAAUUAUCUCAAUUUAUCGCGAAAUAAUUUAACCGGGUGGUACCCCGGUAGUACCUAUAAUUUGAAUCAGUUGAAAGUGAUGGACUUGCAUCAAAAUUUCCUAAAUGGGAGCGUGGAAUUCUUAUUUUCGGUUCUCAGGAAUGUGGAGUAUGUGGAUUUGAGUGGAAAUUCGUUUGUGGGAUCCUUGGCAUUGAGUGCUCAGAAUGUCUCUAGCCUGGCUAAUACAGUUCAGUAUCUCAAUUUGAGUGGUAACAAUUUGGCUGGUGGAUUUUUCACGGCGGAUGUAAUGCAAUUGUUCAGGAAUUUGAGGACUCUGGAUUUGGGUGAUAAUGGGAUCAGUGCUGAGCUUCCGUCAAUGGCCACAUUGCCGAUUCUUCAAGUUCUGAAGUUGGGGAGUAAUCAAUUUUAUGGGUCUAUACCUGUGGAGCUCUUACAGGGGCCUGUCCCAUUGGUGGAGUUGGAUCUUAGUAGCAAUCAGUUUUCGAAUUCUAUCCAAGAGGUUAACUCGACUACAUUGCGUACGUUGAACCUUUCGUCCAAUGUGCUCUCAGGUUCACUUCCACCUUCUUUGGGAAAUUGUGUUCUUGCUGAUUUGAGUAGAAAUAUGCUAUCCGAUGACAUCAGAGUAAUGGAUAAUUGGGGAGGCAGUUUGGAAGUUCUAGACUUGAGCUCGAACAAUUUGACUGGAAGCAUUUCUAACUGGACACUGUUGCAGAGGCUGAGCCUGCUAAGUUUUAGAAAUAACUCCUUGGUGGGAAGCGUGCCUAGCGAACUGGGGGAUAGUCCAAGGCUGGCCACCCUCGAUCUCAGCUCUAAUAAACUUGAUGGGAGCCUCCCUGGUUCUCUCUUUAAAUCCCAGACCUUGACCAGCUUGAACAUGUCUGGAAAUCAUUUGAAUGGAAGAAUUCCUAUUGGUGCUUCAGGUGCCAGUGAGUUAUUAGCACUUCCUUCAUCUUUUCCGAUAGAGUUGCUUGAUCUUUCAGAUAAUUCCUUGACAGGAAUCUUACCUUCUGAUGUUGGUAACUUGGGGAGGCUUAGAUUACUGAAUCUGGCAAGAAAUCAAAUGUCUGGAGACCUGCCAAGUGAACUGAACAAAAUUAAUGGCUUGGAAUAUCUUGAUCUAUCAAAUAAUAAUUUCAAGGGCAAGAUCCCUGAUGAACUUUCUUCAAGACUUGAAGUUUUUAAUGUGUCAUACAAUGAUUUAGAGGGGACAGUCCCAGAAAAUUUGAUACAUUUUCCAGAUUCUUCAUUUCAUCCUGGGAACACCUUGCUUAUACUUCCACCUGGGGGAUCAUCUCCACAUCACAAAGUUCCUGAUGAAAUUGAUGUUAGAGGAAAACAUCAUAGCUCGAAAUCUAGUAUAAGGAUAGCUAUUAUAGUUGCCUCUGUCGGAGCUGUUGUCAUGAUUGCCUUUGUUUUACUGGCAUACUAUCGAGCUCAGCACCAUGACUUCCGUGGGCAGAGCGGAUUUAGCGGCCAGACUGCUGGUCGAGAUGAUAGACUAGGAAGAUUUAGUCGGCCUUCGCUUUUCAAGUUCCAUACUGAGGAGCCACCUCCCACAUCCUUGAGCUUUUCUAAUGAUCAUCUGCUGCCUUCGAACUCAAGAUCCUUGUCAGGUCCACUGGACUCCAGUACUGAAAUUGUUGAACGUGUUUUGCCUGAGGGUUCUGCAACUGGUUCUACAUAUGUGAAUCCCAAUGUACAAGAUAAUUGUCCUGCAACAUCUGGAAGAAAGUCCUCUCCAGGUUCUCCAAUUGCUUCCUCACCCCGUUUCAUUGACACAUUUGAACAACCGGUGAUUUUGGAUGUGUAUUCGCCGGAUCGAUUGGCUGGAGAACUGUUCUUUCUGGAUGCUUCACUGGCAUUUACAGCUGAGGAGUUGUCUCGUGCUCCGGCUGAAGUUCUUGGUAGGAGCAGCCAUGGUACCUUAUACAAAGCUACCCUUGACAACGGUCAUAUGCUUACCGUGAAGUGGUUGAGAGUAGGAUUGGUCAAAAAUAAGAAAGAAUUUGCAAAAGAAGUAAGAAAGAUUGGAUCAAUAAGGCACCCCAAUGUUGUUUCUUUGCGAGCUUACUACUGGGGACCUAGAGAACAAGAGCGACUUGUCUUAGCAGACUACAUACAGGGAGAUAGCUUGGCUCUUCAUCUUUAUGAGACAACGCCUCGGAGGUACUCCCCGUUAUCAUUCAGUCAAAGGGUAAAGGUCGCUGUUGAUGUUGCUCGCUGUCUGAUGUACCUUCAUGAAAGAGGAUUGCCUCAUGGAAACUUAAAGCCUACGAAUGUAAUCUUGGAGGGGCCUAACUACAAUGCUCGUCUAACAGAUUAUUGUCUCCACCGCCUGAUGACUCCAGCUGGCAUCGCUGAGCAGAUACUGAACCUGGGGACCCUUGGAUAUCGUGCCCCAGAGCUUGCAAAUGCCACAAAACCUAUGCCAUCAUUUAAGGCUGAUGUUUAUGCACUGGGUGUUAUUCUGAUGGAAUUGCUGACCAGAAGAAGUGCUGGUGACAUCAUCUCUGGUGAAUCAGGAGCUGUUGAUCUUACAGACUGGGUUCGGCUAUGUGAUCAAGAAGGUCGAGGAAUGGACUGUAUUGACAGAGAUAUUGCUGGUGGGGAAGAGCAUUCAAAAGCGAUGAAUGACUUGCUUGCCAUAUCGCUUCGGUGUAUCCUUCCCGUAAAUGAAAGGCCCAACAUCAGACAAGUUUGUGGAGAUCUCUGCUCAAUAGAUCUGUGAAGCUUUGUACAUCUGUUGGAAUAGUUCUUUGCUUGACUUGAUUGUUCAUUGUAUUUUCCCUUUCCUUUUUCACCUGAUUGAUUUGGUUGCCUCCUAAUCCAGGCAAUUAUAACCUCCCCCCCUGCAAUUUUUGUGUAAAGGGAUGAUUGAUCCAUUGAUUGAUUGACCAUAUUCUUUAGUUUGAUUGUGAGUCCAGCGAGCUAUUUUUGUCAUUAUUUCUGUUGACAAAUAAUAGCUCGACCUUGUGUAGUUCACUCACAGCUAUUAGUAAAGUUCCAUUUCCUUUUCUUCUUGUAAUUUGACUGUUGCUUUUACAUCAUCACAUUCCUGUUGGGGCGAUCA